UAUAUAUUGUCCACUACUUGCUUUUUUAAUGUGCAUGGUCACAUCCGUAUCCCCCGAAGUCUGCACCAGCUUCUAUGCCACAUGGUGCUUAGUUUGGGGGUCCUUGUUUGGGUUCGGUUACUCGUUCUUGCUCCUUGCCGAUCUGAUGGAAGUCGUAACAGUUGACAGAAAUUUUCCGUUCCAAAGGACACUCAGGGUGGUCAUUGCUGGUUUGGGACUUUCCUAUCUUGGGGCGGGAAUUUUAAUGACUCUUGGCAUAAAAUACAAUAAGCCAAUUGUGUUUAAAUGUGGAAAGUUCUUGUGCUUAAUAUUUGCAAUUGGUUCAAUUCCGACUAUAAUCUUUCCUGUUGUGCAUUUCUGCACAAUUCCCUGCUUGUGUCGGUAUAUGAAAAAUCGAUGGAACAAGGGCUAAACCUUGAAAUGACACAGGGAUCCGUGCUGCUGUUCAAUGUUUUCAGGAAUGAAUGUUUAGAUUUAAAAUUUAAUGGACCCUCAAAACUUGAUCCCAUUUUGAGCUUAGAUAGCCAAGUGGCCCCGCAUUCAACAGGUGGUUCGGCUGGUGCCUUGCAUGCGGGCUGCUCCAAUCAGGGAAUCGAAGCCAUUACAAUCGGAGGUCGUGUCUGUUCAAUUGGAGUUGUCGUAAACGCGAGUCGGCAUUAAGGUCUUGCUCUACCUCCGCCGCCGAGGGGAGCAACUUGAGCAAAUGCAAAUAUCAUAAUUUCCGACAGCACAUCUGCAAGGUAUCAGGCGCAGGGGAGCAGGCCACAAAUGGAGCCCCACCUCCGGAUCCGCCUCCAGAUCCACCUCCACUUGCAAAGUCCAGGCCACCGUUACGAGGGCAGGACAAAUAAAAUUGUUUCGUCACGCCACCGCGAAGGUUGCCAGUCGCUGUCGGAAUGAGGCUGGCGCACGCAAGACCAGGCCAACCGCCAACCGCCUGGAACCACCCACACCCAGCCACGAAUCCAUCCAUCCAUCCAUACAUCCACCAGCCCUAACCCACUUUCCCUCACGUGCUCCACCUUUACGACCUGCUCAAACAUCAAGCUUAUUUAUUUACUCUAAAAACAAUACCGGAAAAUUAAUAGCAAUUUGUUGGGGUUCAUAAAUUUGUCGAAAUAAAUGUCCUUAACUGGCG